AUAGUCCUCAAAUUUCGCACUAUUUCACAAAGGCUAUUUAAAAUUACGAAAUCCGUGGUCUUCACGAUUCGAUCCGCGACUUUGUCUUCUCUUCCUUCUCCUCUUGUUCUCUCUUUAUACUCCAUUCCAAACUGUGGAGGAAAAGUCUCACCGGAAGUUUCUCUGAAUCUUACUUCCUUGUAGUAAAUGAAUCCAUCUCCUUCUGUAGUUCCUGGUGAUUUCGGGUGACUGGAUGAAGCGGCUCUCGUUUGAAUCGCCGACGAGGUUUUAGGAUUAUAAAGGGUCGUCGUCUGUUUUGCUUUGGAUUUGGUGGCUGGAAAUUAAAGCUUGGUCGGCUGUGGUUGUGGGUUUUUAUGAUCAUGUUGAUGGCGGAUGAGGGUUCUAAUUUUCCCCUACAGUAUGGUGCUGAUGAUUUUGGUGGAGACACGUCUAUUGACUAUGAAGCGUUGUUUCAUAUGCUGAACGAGGAUCUGGAUCCUUCGCAGAAUCCGCCAGAGGACUUGUCGCCAAAUAAUGUAUCGACUGGCCAACCACGUUUUGAUGCUUCCAACCAAGAAAAUUCCCAAGUGAAGAACGAUAUAUCUCAUGGUUUCACGGAAGAUAUAGAUGUAACUUUGAGAAAUCAUGGCAGUUUGGAUGGAAAGGGCACUGAAAUCUUGAGAUCCUCAGAAAAUAAUUCAAGUGCUUCAGUGGAGUUGCCUUCGUUUGAUGUGGAGCAUACUUCAAAAGAAGUGAUUCCUAAUGAGUCCUCUAUGAACCAAAGUUUUGACUUUGUUACUGACUUGACUGACCCUUAUUCAGAUAUGCCACACUGGAUGAAUAUAGUCGAGCAACCUUUUUUAGAUUCUUCUCAGUACUUUUUUCCGAGUGAUUUUGAUUCUCAAGUUGUUUCUGGCAAUGGGGGAAUGACGAUCAACAUGAUGCAUGAAGGAGAUUUUCCAUCCAAUAGCCUGUGCUCAAGUAAUACAAUGAAUUUGUAUGCGCAGGGCGCUGCUGAUCAUAAAUCAGUAUCAAGAGAGUCUGUCUCAAAGGAUUUAAUAAUUCUUGAUGCUUAUUCAAAUGUAAAGGGAUGGAAUCAGAAUUGUGAAAGUGGAAACUUCAUUUCAUCAAUGGAUGGAAACUGUACGUUUCAUGCUGAUGAGGUUCAUAUUAAUCAGGCAGCAUUGGGGCUUCCAAUGUCAACUGAGUUGAAUUCUUCCUGCAAAGAACUUGUUAAUCAAUUGAAGGAUGAAACGAUGGAUUCACUGGUUGAAUCAAGUAGUGGCCCAUGGCAAUCUAUCAAGGAGGAAAACAUGUUUCUUCCAUCUGAAAGAACUUUUCAUUCGGAAGAUACAGUUUGUGGAACAUCCAGCAGACCUUCCAGUGAUUGCAGGUACCAGAAUUUAUAUAUAACUGACCAAUAUUCUCCCAAUGGUCAUUCAUCUAAUUUAAGCAAUCAGCCUUUGGUUUUAAUCAAGGAUGUUGGAGAUCGUAAAUUGACUAUAUGUAAGGGUCAUAUAGAUCACCCACAAGUCAGCCCUGAAUCAACUCACAGUAAUUUGAUAGAUAAGGCCCAUGUGGAGGAUGAUCCAGAUAUCUGUAUAAUUGAAGAUAUGAGUCAUCCAGCCCCGUCAAACCGAUCUCUUAUGGUUGGAAAUUCGUUUGUUGCUUCACAAGGUUGUUCUAUAGUCAGUGGUUCUUCCACUUAUGUGGGAUUAGGAAGCAUGAGACAUAAGGCAAAAGACAUGGACAUCUUAAAAGUUGCAUUACAGGAUCUUUCUCAGCCAAAAUCAGAAACUAGUCCACCUGAUGGUGCUUUAGAAGUUCCUCUAUUAAGGCAUCAGAGAAUUGCUUUGUCAUGGAUGGUUCAGAAGGAGACAUCUAGUAUGCCCUGCGCAGGGGGGAUUCUUGCUGAUGAUCAGGGAUUGGGGAAAACAAUAUCAACGAUUGCUCUAAUACUAACGGAAAGGCCUCCUCCUAUUAUUGCUUGCCCUAAUGUUAGACAUGAGUUGGAAACUUUAAAUUUGGAUGAAGAUGAUGAUAUACUUUCUGAGCAUGAUAGACCAAAACAAGAAUUCUCUCAUCAAGUUUCACCAAGUAAAAAUGCAACAAUAUGCAAGAACACUUCAGUACAAGCGAAAGGCAGGCCAGCAGCUGGAACUCUUGUUGUUUGUCCAACAAGUGUUUUGAGGCAAUGGGCUGAUGAAUUGCAUAAUAAGGUUUCUAGUAAAACUAAUCUGUCUGUGCUUGUAUACCAUGGAAGUAAUCGAACCAAGGACCCAUGUGAGCUGGCCAAAUAUGAUGUUGUUCUAACAACCUACUCAAUUGUGAGCAUGGAGGUACCAAAACAGUCUGCUGUUGAUGAGGAGGAUGAUGAGAAACACAAUACAGAGGAUCAAGUUAUUCUACCCAUGCAAUUUCCUUCAAGCAAGAAAAGGAAAAACUUCUCUGGUUCUGAUAAGAAACAUUCAAAAAACAAGAAGGGAAUGGAUAAUGAAACUUUUGAGUCAGUUGCCCGCCCUCUUGCAAAAGUGAGAUGGUUCCGAGUUGUACUGGAUGAGGCACAGAGUAUAAAGAAUCACAAGACACAGGUUGCAAGGGCCUGCUGGGGUCUGCGAGCAAAACGUAGAUGGUGCUUGUCAGGAACUCCUAUUCAAAAUGCUAUUGAUGAUCUUUAUAGCUAUUUUAGGUUUCUCAAAUAUGAUCCCUAUGCUGCAUAUAAGUCAUUUUGUUUAUCAAUUAAGGUGCCAAUCAACAAGAAUCCAUCCAAAGGGUACAAGAAACUUCAAGCCAUUUUAAAGACAAUAAUGUUACGUCGCACAAAAGGCACACUUCUUGAUGGGCAACCCAUUGUUACGUUGCCACCUAAACAAGUGGAACUAAAAAAAGUGGAUUUUACUGAGGAAGAACGUGAUUUCUACUCUAAGUUGGAGGCUGACUCAAGGGCUCAGUAUGAAGAAUAUGCAGCAGCCGGAACUGUUAAACAAAAUUAUGUUAACAUCUUAUUGAUGCUUUUGCGCCUUCGACAAGCUUGUGAUCACCCUCUUCUCGUUAAACCUUAUGACUCCAAAUCUUUAUGGAGAUCUUCAGUUGAUGUGGCCAAGAAGCUUCCUCGGGAUAAACAGAUUUACCUACUGAGUUGUUUGGAAGCAUCAUUGGCUAUUUGUGGCAUCUGUAAUGAUCCACCUGAAGAUGCGGUUGUCUCAGAAUGUGGUCAUGUUUUCUGCAAGCAAUGCAUUUUGGAACACCUCUCUGGUGAUGACACCCAGUGUCCUACAGCGGGAUGCAAAGUUCGUCUUAGUGCAUCGUCAUUAUUUUCCAAGUCCUCAUUCUCCAUUUCUCAAUCCGACCAGCUUGGUGAGAAUAAUUCUGUGGUUGGCUCUGGUUCUACUUUUGGUGACUCUGUGGAGCCCUCCUCAUCAGAUACGUACGAGUCUUCUAAAAUUAAAGCUGCUCUUGAGGUUCUCACGUCAUUAGCUAAACCUAAGGAAUCCUCUUCAAGAAACAGCCCUGUCCAACUUGCUCCUGAUGUAGCCAGUGAAAAAUCGACCGAUGCUCCAUCCACAGAAAUGCAUCCAGAGAUUCCUGAGUGUCAAGAUUCAGCUACAAACAAAAGCUCUUGUGAACCAAUUAAAAUGAGUGGAGAGAAAGCUAUAGUAUUUUCUCAGUGGACGGGAAUGUUAGACUUGCUGGAAGCAUGUCUCAAGAACUCCUCUAUUCAGUACAGAAGGCUUGAUGGUACCAUGUCAGUACUUGCUAGAGAUAAAGCAGUAAAGGAUUUUAACAAUCUUCCGGAGGUGUCUGUUAUGAUUAUGUCUUUGAAAGCUGCUAGCCUUGGCCUAAACAUGAUUGUUGCCUGCCAUGUUCUUCUGUUGGACCUCUGGUGGAAUCCUACAACUGAAGAUCAAGCAAUUGAUAGAGCACAUCGAAUUGGGCAAACCCGUACUGUUAAAGUGUUGAGAUUGACUGUAAGAGAUACCGUUGAGGAUCGUAUUUUAGCACUUCAGCAAAAGAAAAGAGAGAUGGUUUCAUCUGCAUUUGGAGAAGAUGAAGCGGGCGGUCGACAAACUCGUCUCACAGUAGAAGACCUGAACUACCUUUUUAUGAUGUGAUGAUAGAUAAUACGAUCAUUCUUUGGUAUUGGCUGAUUUAGGCUAACAUCAUAUGCACAUAUCAUAUCAAGUUUUGGGUGGUGAAGGCUGGCUUUAACUUUAGGAAGUAAGUUGCCCCACCAUAUUUACAUCAUCUUGACCAGAGGAUUUGACGACCCAGCUCCUUUUGCCAGAAGAAGAUUUGUGAAUAGCAUUUAUAGAAAUCUUUAAAUUCCAUUUUUACCCACUGAUUCUUUUCUCACUCACUCACAAUUCGAUGAUCCCUUCCCUUUGUGACACUCUCUUUGCAUCCCCUUCCCUGAGUGUAUUCCACAGGCUGUAAAGAUUAGAAAUUUAUAGAAAGGAAAGAAAAUUAAAUCUGUUAAAACUCUUUUCUUUUCCAAUUGUAAAGAUAUAGAUAGUAUUAUUUUGUGUUCUUGAGUAUCAUCAUCCUUUAUAUUAAUAGUAGUAUUAGUUUGAUUGAAA